AUGAGUGACGUACUUCCGGAAAAGCUACUAACGCGGGAUUCUGAGGGCUUGAAGAAGAAGGAGGAGGACUGGAAGAUUCCUUCAUUCUUUCUGAGAAGAAGAGCCAUCAAAAGAACAACACUUUUCAGGAAGUUUUUCACUUGUCACGCGUACGCGACGAGAGGGAGUUUUGCAUUCGUCCGGUGGGAGGACGGGUACACCGGAAAAAUCGACAACGUCCGCAAUAUUUUGUCAUGUGAUGAAGCACCUGUGCAGCUCAGCAAUCUGAACAGCACUCCAACAACCGGAGACGUCCACGUCCAGGGUCCAUCACUCAGCAGCACUCCAACAACCGGAGGCGUCCAGGGUCCAUCACGCCACUCGCCCGGAAGCGAAGGCCUUACACCGGGAAGUUGCUGGUCACCUUGUUCUGACUGUAAGGAGGAGGUGGAGGAACUGCUCCGCGAGAGAAAAAAGAUUCACGAUGUUGUCUCAAGAAUAGAUCCAGACCAACUUAAACAGCUCCAGGCCCUCUGUGAGCUGCUGGCUAAGAAUGUGGACGGCGCACCCACCACCGUGGGACAGCAGGAGCUCUUCCCAGGAUGUGGGGUCCAGAUUUCAUCCUACCAGCUGGCUGCCAUCACCCACGCGGCCAAGCCGAACUGCAUGCGCCUCUUCCAUGGCCUCUUUGACCAUUUCUUCUCAGUCGCUGACUGUCGUAAUGCUGUCCCAUUUGGCCGUCCUGGAGGCUCUCAGGGGAAGAAAGUCCUUGACCGGACCAAGGUGGACGCAAUACGAACGUAUGUCCUGAGAUGUGCCACGCUGCCUGGUUGGGAACCAGUGGAGGAGUCAAAAUUGAAAAAGGCGUUUGUUAACAAAUGUAGGGCCAGAGCAGGUGCUCCUACUAUGCAGUAG